UUUUUUUUUUUUUUUUGCGUCAGCGUCGUCGUUGCCCUUUUAGAGCUUUGCUUUAUGACGUCAUCUCCAUCAUCACGUGAUCAUAAGAUCAUAAGCGGAUUCUACAGGCAUUCAGUUCUCAGUGACGCACCGUCAGAGACAGUCGUGUUUGCUCGUUGUUCGAUAGUGUUUCAACUUAUCGUCUACGUGUUAUUUAGCAUUAUGGGAGACUCUUUUGCACACAAGAGUUACUCUUCAGCUCUGGUUAAAGAUUCAGAGACUUAUAUUAGCAUGGAACAACCGCAUUUGUCAGAGAAUCGUGGUUUAGUUUCAGCAACCAAACGAAAAGCCGUUUCAGACCCUGGACCUCCCACAAGAAGAUUUAAGGUUUCUGAUGAAGGCAAACUCUCUGCAAACAACCAGAACAUUACACAAAUUGACAAAUUCACAAAGAAAUCCAUUUCCUUUGAUGUUGAGGGAUCUGAAAAUCCAGACAAGGAAUGCAGAUAUUUGGUUCCUGAGAAAGGAUCGUCCUCUGCCAAAAGGAAAGCUGUUUUUCAUCACGAACCUCCCACAAAACGGUCUAGGGUUUCAGGUGAAGGCAGCGUCUCCAGACAUAACCUGGAUGAGACAUCCAGAGUCUCAAAGAGGUCACUCUCACCAGAUGGUGAGGGAUCUGGAAGUCCAGCAAAGAGAAUCAGACUGUCUGAUUCUGAGAGUCCCUCGCCUUCAGCCAAAGAUCAGUUUGAGGCAAAAUACGAGCAAAAAGAUCAGCUUGGAAAGGGAGGCUUUGGAUCUGUUUAUGGUGGCUACCGCAGGGCAGACAAUUUACCUGUGGCAAUCAAACAUAUACCAAAGAAAAAUGUAGUCUGGACAGAUACGGACGAGAACGGCCAGCAGCUCAGCAUUGAGGUAGCCGCCAUGCUAAAACUCCGGACAGAAUCAGCUGAUUCGGUGGGGAAGUCCGCUCCAAUUUCCCUCCUGGACUGGUACGAUUUCAACCAGGAACAAAUUCUAGUGUUGGAGAGACCAGUGCCUGCAGUGGACCUCUCACAGUUUAUUAAAAAUAACAAAGGGCCCCUACAGGAGAAUCAGGCUAAAACAAUUAUUAAACAGCUGGUUGAUGCCGUCAAACAUCUGGAGGACACCAACAUCUUCCACAGAGACAUCAAACCACGAAAUAUUCUGAUUGAAACAGGAUCAGAAAUCCCGCGACUGCGACUGAUUGACUUUGGAGUGAGUUGUUUCACCAACACAGAAUAUGAAAACGGCCGGUUCUACGGCACAGCGAAACACGUCCCUCCUGAGUUUAUUUCAGAACGCAUUUAUAAGGCAGGACCAGCAACCGUGUGGCAGGUGGGAGUUGUUCUCUAUGAAAUGCUCCACGAAAGUUUGUUUGACUCAAAAAAGUUUUUCAGUAACAAACUCAGAAUCAGGACGGACCUCUCUCCAUACUGUACGAACUUCCUAAAGAGCUGUUUCUGUAUAAACCCAUGGUGGCGUCCCACCUUAAAGCAGCUCCAGCGUGACCCUUGGCUUUGGUUAAACAGAAACUAAAGUCUUCAAAGCUCUGGACCCAAUUCAACCGGCACCAAGCUAGAUCCCUCCUAACUCAGACACCUCUCAACCCCUAACAGAGUCACCUAUCAUCUCCUACAUUUCCCUCAACCCACUGCAGGACUGAGCCCAAAAAAAGGCCCUGGCAGUGCACCAUAACUGUUUAUAUGAUAGGAUAUGCAAAGGCACACAACACACCAGAGAAUCAGCAUGUUGUGUUAGUAACCAGAAAGAGGAAAAUAAACAGCUGGAUCAAGAAAAGUCUGUCAAACCAGACCCAGAGAAGAAAGUUGAGAUGAUUUCUGCACCUCUCCCUCUGGGAGCUCCAGUUCACCCCCACCCAGGAAUAUGCUAGUCCAACUUAUUGUUUACGACUUAUUUAGCAUUAUGGGAGACUCUUUUGCACACAAGAGUUACUCUCCAGCUCUGGUUAAAGGUUCAGAGACUUAUAUUAGCAUGGAACAACCGCAAAAUCACAAAUGAUCAUAAAACCGAUGGAAAAUGAUUAAAAGUUUGAGUUAAAAAAUAGGAAAACAAAAGAUUUAGGUAAAAACAGCUUUAAAUAAAAGGGUCUUCAGCUGUUUUUUAAUGGUUACCAGACUGUCAGUACUACAUAAGGUUAAAGGAAGUUCAUUCCAAAGCCAGGGUGCAACAACCUGGAAGGAGCGAUCUCCUUUACUUUUAAAUCUGGUCUUUGGAACUUCUUGGGUCGGAUCAGAAGAAACAAAAAAUCAAUCAAUCAAUC